AUGAGAUCUUUAACGCUCUUUGCAGCUUGCCUGUGCUCCAUAUUUACCACUACUGCAGCAGAUGCGAAUCUUUCCACACCUCUCUCCUCGCAUCAGAUCCUGCCGGAUAACUUCAAGCCUCCACAGGUCUUUAAAAAUGCUAAUUUACUGCGAAACAUCAAUCUCGAAAAGGGCUACGUGAGGGAGACGAUCAAUGUUGUCAUUGAGAAUAUAGACGCAAAAGAGCAGGACACAUACUACAUACCUUUCAAAGCAGAAGCAAUUGGCAAUGUUGGAGGGAUCGAGGUCAGGGACAAGAAGGAUCCCGAGAAGGCUGCUUUCCACAGUGAGGUCGUAGAAUAUGAUCCAUAUAGUCCAACCCAAUUUUAUCGCGUCACUUUGUCUAGUCCUCUGGCGCCAUCUACCCAACAGACUCUUUCCAUAAGCUACCACGUUCUCUCCGCCCUCGCCCCUCUUCCAGCCACCAUCAACCAGCAAGACAAACAAUACCUCUAUUAUACCUUUUCAACCUACUGGCCCUCUGCCUAUCUGACCGAGAAGCAAAAGACGAAGAUCAAGUUUUCCACAGCUGAUAUUCCAGACUACACCGCGGAGCCUUUGCGCGAGGGGAAGACCUUCACCUAUGGGCCGUUUGAACAGACUCCAGCUGGUGUGGAGCAAGAAGCCAGCGUGCGGUAUGAGUUUACAAGACCCAUCACUCACGCUACGCUUCUCGAGCGAGACGUUGAAAUCAGUCAAUGGGGUGGAAAUCUAGCGACGGAGGAGCGGUAUUGGCUCACGAACAAGGGCGCUCAUCUUGCCGGGCACUUCUCUAGAGUGGAAUGGGCACGCACGCAGCAUUAUAACCCACCCACAAGCGCAUUGAGAAUGCUCACACUCCCACUGCAAGUGGGAAGCUUGAACCCUUACUUUACCGAUGACAUUGGAAAUGUCUCGACAAGCCGCUUCAGGAGCAAUAUUCGUGAGGCGAACCUCGAGCUUAAACCGCGCUACCCGGUGUUUGGAGGGUGGAAAUACAGCUUCAAGGUCGGCUGGGAUGCCAGUCUGGGAAGUUUCUUGAGGAAGUUAAAGAAAGGGGACGGUUAUGUGCUCAGAGUUCCCUUCUUGGAAGGUCCAAAAAUGGGCGAGGGAGUAUCAUACGAAAAGGUUGAUCUGCGAGUCAUUUUACCUGAGGGGGCUACAAACGUACUAUACGAGAGCCCAAUUCCCGUUGUGGCCAGCGAGGUUUCGUCUCACAAGACUUUCAUGGACACACUAGGCCGGACAACGCUAAAGCUGACGGCUAUGAAUGUGGUUGACGAGGCUCGAGAGAAGUAUGUGAUUGUCACAUACGACUACCCUUUCAUCGCGGCAUAUCGAAAGCCGUUUACCAUAUUCGCUGGUAUCAUGACAGUGUUUGCAACAGCUUGGGGGAUAGGGAGGUUGGAUGUUAGCAUAGCACGGCCUUAG